CCUUUCACUUUUGUUUACACUAGCAACUUAAGUAAAUUUAAACUCUAUUCAUAUUCGUUUCUCCUUUUUUUUCUUUUUCUUUUCUUUACCUUCUCCUCCACUUGCACAACAUAAUAUAUAUAUAUAUAUAUUUUUUUCUUCGAUUUGCUGAUCUGCCACUUUGGUCUCGAUCUUUGUCUUAAAUGGGCACUUGAGAUCAUGGAGAGGGAAGCUAAAAGAGAGAGGAUUUGAAGGGGGAAAGGAGUUGGUAAAGAUUGAACUUUUAAGGGGAAAUUUAGGUAUGGGUCUUUUGUUGAAAGUGUGAAAACGAAGAUGGUUUGGAGUAGUUGUUGAAGAAUUGUCUAAAGUUUGGGUUUUUAAUUCUGGGUUUUGUUUGAUUUGCUUGGAUUUUGAGUAUGGGUGGGUGUUUUCCUUGUUUGGGAUCAUCAGACAAGGAAGGGAAGAAUGGUGGGGGCUCUGUGAAAGAACUGGGCAAGAAAGAUUCAACUAAAGAGGGCUCAGUUGGACAGUCUCAUCAUGUUAAUAGAGUUAAUUCAGAAAAAUCAAAAUCUUGGAGUGCUUCUGAGCCUAAGAAGGAACCAGCAGUACCUAAGGAUGGACCAACAGCAAAUAUUGCAGCACAAACAUUUACCUUUCGAGAGCUUGCUGCUGUCACUAAGAACUUUAGACCAGAAUGUCUAUUAGGAGAAGGGGGUUUUGGACGUGUUUACAAGGGCCACUUGGAGAGUACAGGACAGGUAGUUGCUGUCAAACAGCUUGAUAGAAACGGGCUUCAGGGAAAUAGAGAAUUUCUUGUUGAAGUUCUUAUGCUUAGCCUCUUACACCACCCAAACCUCGUCAACUUGAUUGGUUAUUGUGCCGAUGGGGACCAACGCCUCCUUGUCUAUGAGUUUAUGCCUUUAGGAUCAUUGGAGGAUCACUUACACGAUCUUCCACCAGACAAGGAACCUCUGGACUGGAAUACUAGAAUGAAGAUUGCAGCUGGUGCAGCCAAGGGAUUGGAAUACUUGCAUGAUAGAGCUAAUCCUCCUGUUAUAUACAGGGACUUAAAAUCAUCCAACAUCCUUCUUGACGAGGGCUAUCACCCUAAAUUAUCAGAUUUUGGGCUUGCAAAACUGGGUCCCGUUGGUGACAAAACCCAUGUGUCCACACGUGUGAUGGGCACUUAUGGAUAUUGUGCUCCAGAAUAUGCAAUGACUGGCCAGCUCACCCUAAAAUCUGAUGUCUAUAGUUUUGGAGUGGUCUUUCUUGAGCUUAUCACAGGGCGCAAGGCCAUUGAUAAUAUGCGUGCUUCUGGAGAACAUAAUCUUGUUGCAUGGGCCCGACCUCUUUUCAAAGAUCGGAGGAAGUUUCCCAAAAUGGCUGACCCACUACUGCAAGGUCGUUAUCCAAUGCGAGGAUUAUACCAAGCUCUUGCAGUUGCAGCAAUGUGUUUGCAGGAACAAGCUGCUACAAGGCCUCUAAUAGGCGAUGUUGUGACAGCCCUUACAUAUUUAGCCUCGCAAAUCUAUGACCCAAAUGCACCCAGCAAUCAAAGCAACAGAGUUGGCCCAUCAACUCCAAGACCCAAGGAUGAUCGAAGGAGUAUGGCAGAUGGGCUUGACAUCCCAGAUGAGCGUGGACAGCAUGGUUCUCCAUCCACUCACAGAAAUUCACCUGAUUACAGAAAGAGGAAUCAUGCUAGGGAAUUGAGCACCGGUGCAGAGUUAGUUAGGAAUGAAACUGAUGGAGGAUCAGGGAGGAAAUGGGGUUUGGACGAUUCAGAACGACAGGAAUCUCAUAGAGGCAGCCCUCUGAAUGCUGUGAGAGCAAGGGAAAUUCCACGUAAUCGUGAUCUUGAUAGAGAACAUGCUGUUGCAGAGGCUAAAGUAUGGGGUGAGAAAUGGAGGGAGAAAAAACGGGCGAACCCAAUGGGUAGCUUUGAUGGUAUGAAUGACUAAUUCAAGCGAAGACAUAGACAUGUUGUAACAUUUUAAGGGUUGUCAAUGGAAAAGAAGAAACAUUGAAGAUACACCAUCCAUCCUUUACCGUCAGUCUCCAUAUCUACCCAGGAAAUAAGAGUUCAUGCAUGUAUCCAACUUUGACAGUUGUUGCUUGUCCUAUAAUCAUUCUUGUAGUUGAGUAUCAAACUGAAUGCUUCAAUUAUGUGGUUGAAUGAAGAAACACGGUUAAAGAAGGGAUCGAGAGCGGUUAAUUGAUGUGAGGCAUUCACAGGUAAAUUCUGCAGCCAAAAAAAAUGUUGUAUGCAACAUGUUAAUCUAUAUAUUUAGGCUUUUUUUUAUUAUUUUAUUCUGAGAUUCAUGUUACAGGAGAUGUUAUAGGCUUAGUGGGUUUUGUGUGGAUGUCUCGUACAGUUGUUGUGUAUGGAUUUCUGAGUCGGUCCUGUAUUCGGCUUAUACAAAGAGAGGUUUCGUGAUAUUGUUUUUCAUGUAUUAUCAUUAUCAUCAUAUCGUUCUCUAUGUAAUUACUUCUUUCCUUUCACCAUCUCUCUCUUCUAACUAAACUGAAUGGCUUGCUGCCGAUGAUUCGAGUUCAAUUGGGUUGUUGGCAUCCAAUUUAAGGUGUUUUGAUUG